AUGGCGUGGCAACCCUCGCCCGAGUCCUUGAGCACGCUCGCUGCUUGUCUCAAGGAUUCUCUCAGUGGUUUCGACAAAGCUGCGCAGAAACAGGCCGAGAUUAUGCUCACGCAAGCGAAGUCGUCUCCCGAUAUUAACAACUACCUCGUCUAUCUAUUCUCCAGUCAGGAACCUCCAAGUGGCCUGCAGUGCUCAGCUGAGGAUUACUUUCUUAUACGGUCGUCCGCCGCAAUUAUGUUAAAAAAUAACAUUAAGACGAGCACCAAAGAAGUUUCCGACAGCAGCUUGACCUUGAUCAAGAUGGGAAUUCCUAUGUGUUUGCAAGACAAGAAUGCUCAAAUUCGUAAUUACGCAGGUGUUAUCGCAACUGAGAUGAUUCGUCGAGGUGGUAUAAUGAGCUGGCCCGAGCUACUCCCAGAGCUCUUGAAGAUGAUUGGCAACGAGUCUGGUCAAAUUACGAAUGAAGCACAAGAAGGUGCUAUGGCGGCUAUGGCUAAGAUUUGUGAAGACAACACUAAGAUGUUGGAGCGCGAGCUGAACGGUGAACGACCGCUGAACUUCAUUCUCCCCAAGUUGAUUCAAGCUACUAAGAGUUCGUUGCCCAAGGUUCGCGCUCAUGCCUUGACCGCCAUCAACGUCUUCACACCCCGAAAAUCUCAGGCCAUGCUUAACUCCAUCGACGAUUUGCUCCAGCAUUUGUUCGCACUUGCAACGGAUUCCAGCAACGACGUGCGAAGGCAGGUGUGUAGGGCAUUUGCCCAGCUUGUUGAAUCUCGCCCGGACAAGAUCCAGCCUCAUCUCCCCGGUCUUGUCGAUUACAUUAUUACGCAACAGCAGAGUGAUGAUGAGGAUUUAGCCACCGACGCUGCGGAGUUCUGGCUUACAGUAGGCGAACAUGAGCAUCUCUGGCACUCCUUAACCCCAUACAUCAGCAAGAUCAUCCCGGUUCUUCUUCAGUGCAUGGUAUAUAGCGCUGAGGAUAUUGCGCUCCUCGGUGGCGCAUCUGACGACGAGGAUGAGGACGAUCUUGAACAGGAUAUUAAACCUCAAUUCGCAAAGAAGCCAUCGGCGCGACAAGCUAACAAAGAUGGGUCUGCGGAUUCCGCCCAGAAUGGAAAUGCUUAUGAGAAAUUGGCUAGCAUGGACGACGACCUGGAGGAAGGCGAGAUUGAUGACUUUGAUGAUGGGGAUGACGCGAGUCCGGAUGAGCGAUGGACCUUACGAAAGUGCUCCGCAGCUGCACUUGAUGUUUUCGCUCGUGAUUUUAGGGACCCGGUAUUUGAGUCCAUUAUGCCAUACCUGAAUAAAAACAUCAGGCACGCCGAUUGGCCGUAUCGGGAGGCUGCGGUACUCGCGUUUGGCGCUGUCGCAGAGGGUUGUAUCAAUGUUGUCACGCCUCACCUCCCUCAGUUGGUACCUUACUUGAUCUCUCUUCUGGAUGAUCCUGAGCCUGUCGUCCGACAAAUUACCUGCUGGACGUUGGGUCGUUAUUCUUCCUGGGCCGCGGAUCUGUCGGACCCGCAACAAAAGCAACUUUACUUCGAGCCCAUGAUGGAGGGCAUCUUGACAAAAAUGUUGGACAGCAAUAAGAAAGUCCAAGAAGCUGGUGCGUCAGCUUUCGCUAAUCUCGAGGAGAAAGCCGGUAAGCGAUUGGAGCCUUACAGCCUCCCGAUCAUUCAGCAAUUCGUCCGUUGCUUCAAGAAAUAUAAAGACCGGAAUAUGUAUAUCCUCUACGACUGUGUACAGACGCUAGCCGAACAUAUAGGGCCUGCUUUAGCCCGGCCCGAUCUCGUCAAUGAACUGAUGCCAGCGCUCAUCGAGAGGUGGACUAAGGUCUCCGACCAGUCCCGAGAGAUUUUCCCAUUGUUGGAGUGUCUGUCAUAUGUUGCCAUGGCACUGAACGAUGCAUUUACCCCUUAUGCGCAGCCGAUUUUUGUCCGCUGUGUCAACAUCAUUCAUCAAAACCUAGAAGCAUCUCUAGCGUUAGCAAAUAACCCAUCCCUCGAUGCGCCAGAUAAAGACUUCCUAGUCACGAGUUUGGAUCUCCUAAGUGCUAUUAUUCAGGCGCUAAAUCCGGCAAAAUCUUCCAAGCUUGUUCAGGAGUCUCAACCUGCAUUUUUCGAGCUCUUGACCUUCUGCAUGGAAGACCCGACAGAUGAAGUACGACAAUCUGCAUACGCACUCCUUGGAGACUGUGCCAAGUACGUAUUCGAGCAACUACAAUCGUCACUACCGAACAUUUUCCCGGUGCUCUUGAGACAGUUGGAUCUGGACAACAUAAUCGACGAAGAGAUUGAUAACGGAUUCGGUGUUAUUAACAAUGCCUGUUGGUCCGCAGGAGAAAUUGCCAUUCGACACAAGUCUAAUAUGGCACCUUACGUACCAGAGCUUUUCCAACGCUUUGUAGAAAUAGUAUCUAACCCAGGUAUCCCUAAAGGGGUGACCGAAAAUGCUGCGAUUGCAUUGGGGCGGCUUGGACUCGGUAAUGGCGAGCUUCUGGCACCGCAUCUGGCUAACUUUGCCGAAGAUUUCCUCAUCUCUAUGGAUGAGGUUGAUCCGUCGGAUGAGAAGGCGACUGCAUUCCGGGGCUUUACCGCCAUUGUUGAGAAGAACCCUAUGGCUAUGGAGAAAUCCCUCUUGCACUUUUUCACUGCGAUUGCCCGAUAUAGGGACCUAAAACUGCGUAGUGAAACCAAGAACGGCCUCCAUGAGGAUUUCCAGAAGGCCCUCGGCAUUUACCGUCAGAUAAUCCCUCAGUUCGACCAAUUUUUCGGCCAGUUGCAGCCUCAAGAUCAGCAGACGUUAAGAACGACGUACACAUUUUGA